UUCCCGCAAUUGAAUGUCGGGAACUCACUCUCUCUCUCUCUCUCUAUCGAUACAGAGCCAAUGUGACAGUGGAUGGUCAAACCUUUUGCUCUAUCAAUCAAACUACUAUUCUUCUUCUUCUUCUCGCUCUCAACUCUCCAAUUCAUCAUCGUCGUCCCCAUCAACAACGACAACAAGAGUUCCAUUGAGGGCACGGAAGGAGGAGGUCUUGAUGUUGUUGCUCUGAGAAAGCUAGCAUCAUAACCAUCAUCAUCAUCAUCAUCGGAGCACUGGGUAUGGUAUGGAAGGGGAAGGCGAGCCGCUGGAGCUCAGGGCGCUGCGCUCGCUUGGCCUUGGUUUUGAUCUCACUUGUGAUUUCCGACUUAGAUUCGCUAAAGGGUAUCCGUGGGGGAGGUUGGUGGAGCUUGAUGAGAGGAAUACUCGGGAUUUAGUCUUUCCUGGAGGAGUCUCUGCUAAGGGGGUGUCUAGGGAUAUUGGAUUCGAUAAGGGUGAUCGUUUGCGCUACCGCUCUGAUGUCCUCGAGUUCAAUCAGAUGUCUGAAUUAGUCAAUCAGAAAUCUUCAGUCCAAGGAAAAGUACCUUCUGGUUAUUUUAAUGCUCUUUUUGAUCUAAGUGGAGCAUGGUUGGAUGAUGCCAAGGACACCAAGAAUCUUGCUUUUGAUGGUUACUUCAUUUCUUUAUACAAUCUGCACUUAAAGGCUUCUCCUCUGGUUCUGCGAGAAGAGGUCAAAAGGGCGGUUCCUCCCAAGUGGGACCCUGUAGCACUAUCUAGGUUCAUCCACACUUAUGGUACACACAUAAUUGUGGCAAUGGCAGUUGGAGGUCAGCAUGUUAUUUGUGUCCGGCAGCAUCCCUCAUCAACAAUUUCAUCUGCUGAUCUUAAGGUACAUCUGGAGGAUCUUGGAGAUUUUGUUUUUUCUGAUGGAAGGAGUCACUCCCCACUGCAUAGGAAGACAAAAGAAGGCAAGAACAAGGUUCCGGAUGUCUUCUGCAAUAUCUUGCAAUCAAACAACUUACAACUGGCUAGCUAUUCAGAAACUUCAAGCAAGGACGGUCUCACACUAGUCUGCUCGAAAAGAGGAGGGGAUGUGUUCUUGUCAAGUCAUUCAAAAUGGCUGCAAACAGUUCCUAGUAAUCCUGAUGCCAUGCUCUUUAAGUUUGUACCGAUUACAUCUCUCCUAACUGGUGUUGCAGGAAAUGGCUACCUUAGUCAUGCAAUCAAUCUAUAUCUUCGCUACAAACCUGAUCCGGAGGAUUUGCAAUAUUUCUUGGAAUUCCAAGUUCCUCGUCAAUGGGCACCAAUGUUCAAUGAACUAGCUCUUGGACCACAAAGAAGAAAAGCAUCCUAUCCUUCAUUGCAGUUUAGGUUUUUUGGCCCAAAACUUCAAGUUAACACUGCACAGGUUUCCAGUGAUCAGAAGCCUGUAGUUGGUCUGCGGUUGUACUUGGAGGGCAGGACAUGCAACCGAUUGGCCAUACAUGUUCAGCACCUAUCAACAGUUCCCAGUAUGCUUGACCCUUCAUGUUUGCGAGGAUUUUCCGAGUGGCAGGGAUCGGAAGAGUCAGACCCAGAGUACUUUGAACCUGUUCAGUGGGGUAGAUAUGCCCGGGUCUGCACCCAGGUUGUGAAGCAUAAUCCAGAAUGGCUCCAAAGGACACCGAAUAAUGGUGUCUUUGUUGUAACAGGUGCUCAACUCGUCACCAAGGGUAGAUGGCCUAAGAAGGUCCUCCACCUUCGCCUACUCUUCGCACACCUCCCAAACUGUACCAUUCGUAAGACAGAAUGGACCAGUGCGCCUGCUACUUCCCGUAAGGCAAGCUUCUUAACAAACCUCAGCACAACAUUUACUCAACGUGACACCCCUCAGCAACCAAAACAUGAACCUGCAUUGCUGAAUUCCGGAGUGUACCCAGAGGGCCCUCCUGUUCCAGUUCAGUCUCGCAAGCUCUUGAAAUUUGUGGACAUGGUUGAGGUGGUCCGCGGCCCACAUGACUCCCCCGGCCAUUGGCUGGUGACAGCUGCCAAGCUUGUCAAAGAAGGGGGAAAAAUUGCCCUCCACGUAAAAUUCGCAUUGCUGAAUUAUUCAGCUGAGGAAGAAAUCGACGCACCCAAUCACUGUACAUAAAAUUUGAGUUUUGAUGAUUUCUCUAGUUGCAUUUGAAGAUUUUGGUAGCCAUCUUAAUUGAAUAUGUGCAUUGUAAUAUUGAUUUCUUCAUUGAUAAAAGUUGUAUAGACACCAGUUAUCAACUGCUCAGGGUCAGGAUUGUAAAUACAUCUCCCAUUGUUUCUUUUACCAUGAAAAAAAAAAUGAUUGUUUUGUUCCA